UGGCUGCCUGGAUGCAUUUCUCUCACUCCGAUAUCCUCUUCUCCAUCAACAGGCAAAAACAUCAUAUUACCAUGAUAAAUGAUUUUUCUUUAUUUAUUUGUAAUCAACAGUUUUUCAUUAAGAUUGUUUAUUAAGACAGAUGCUUUACUCGGCGUAUAGUUCAAUGAGGAGUCAUGUGUACAAGAGCCAAGUUAAGACACUGAUCCACUGAUCCUCCCUAGCGUCACCUCUCAGCCAUGAAGUUGACUUUACGCCGGCUGGCGAGCACCACUAUGACCGCUCUGACAACAGGGGUGCCGUACCUCGGCUCCAAUGAUGCAAUCUACAACGACGGUUCCAUCCUGGCCAAGACCGGAUUCCGCUCUGAUAAAACCGCUUCCAUUAGUAACUCCAGCAAGGAGGUCAUUUACAACGCCCUCGCUCCUGUUCUGCCCACAAACAUGACCAACAUUCUGCUCGCUAAUGGGACCUCAGUGGAUAGCGGUGGAGUGGCGCAGUGUGCUGACAACUUUGCGGACAACAUGGAGUGUUUUAUGAUCCUGACUCCGGGUCAACAGCUCGCUAUCGUCAUCUUGGCCCUCACUUUGGGGACAUUCACAGUACUGGAGAACCUGAUAGUGCUGUGCGUCAUACUGCACUCUCAGACGCUGCGAUCACGCCCCUCCUAUCACUUCAUAGGCAGCCUGGCCGUGGCCGACCUCAUCGGGAGCAUCAUUUUUGUCUACAGCUUCCUGGACUUCCACGUCCUACACAGGAAAGACAGCCCAGGAGUGUUCCUCUUCAAGCUGGCGGGCGUCAUCGCCUCUUUUACUGCCUCCGUGGGCAGCCUCUUCCUCACCGCCAUCGACCGCUACAUCUCCAUUCACAGGCCCAUGGCGUACAAGCGCAUCGUGACCAAAACCAAAGCGGUGGUGGCCUUCAGCCUCAUGUGGAGCAUCUCCAUCGUCAUUUCACUGCUGCCUCUGCUGGGCUGGAAUUGCAAGCGUCUCAAUUCGGUGUGCUCGGACAUUUUCCCCCUCAUUGACGAGAAGUACUUGAUGUUCUGGAUCGGGGUGACGAGCAUCCCGCUGCUCUUCAUCAUUUACGCUUACAUGUUCAUCCUGUGGAAGUCGCACCAUCACGCCGUGCGCAUGCUGAGACGUAGCUCCCAGAGGAGCGUCAUCAUCUACACGGCGGAGGGCACCAAGGUUCAGGCGGUGAGGCCCGACCAAGCCCGUAUGGACCUCCGCCUGGCCAAGACUUUAGUCCUCAUCCUGGUUGCCCUCAUCAUCUGCUGGGGCCCGCUGCUGGCCAUCAUGGUGUACGACCUCUUUGGGAAAGUGGACGACUUCAUCAAGACGGUGUUUGCCUUCUGCAGCAUGCUGUGUCUUCUCAACUCCACAGUCAACCCGGUCAUCUACGCCAUGAGGAGCAAGGAUCUGCGCAGGGCCUUUAGUAACAUCUGCACUUUGUGUCGAGGAAGUGCGCUACCUCUGGACAACAGCGGAGAGAGCGACGGGUACAGCAGGAGCAUCAGAAGUGGCGUUAGUGGUGCAAACGUGCGAAUCAAAGUGGCACAGGUGUCCAUUUCUGGAGUGACGGAGUCCAUUUCUACUGCAGAGCCAGUGUGAAACUACUGCGGCCUCAGUGUGUCCACAAUAUUUAUACAUACCCUCCCUACUUUUCACUGUGAAAUGUGCCAAAAAGUGUUAACAACCUUCUAAUAGGCAUCUAGAAAAAACACUAGAAAUGCUUAAAUGACCACAACGUCCCCUAUAGGGUAUCUUCCAGUAUCUUCAGCCAUCAGCUUAAUCACAAGAAAUCUUUUCAAGGGACAAUUCAUAUAUAGACAUAAAAUCUGGAUAUAGAGUAGUCAGUGUACAGCUAGUAUAGCACUAAUUAUGACUCGACAAACAACCAUUAUUGUGUAAAUAACUGGCAACACAAGUGAGUAGCAAGAUAACUGCAUCCAUGCAUAGUCUCAGGGCUGAAUGAGUGUUUCCGGCAUUGGAGGGUCUUGGGUUCAACUUCUACUUGGACCCUGUGAACCAGAGCACACCACACAGGCUGGGGCUCAACUGUGGUACUGUUGAGGUGUUAUCACAUCUCUGUUGUUGGGUCUGAUGUUACUCAUCUUCCGCUUCAAAAAUAAAAAGCUACAGAUUCUCUAUGAAAUUCGGAUCAGGCUAAUUUGCAGGUCAGUCCAGCACAGUAAUACCACUGUCGGUGAACCAGUUACCAGUCUAAAGCCCAGGUCAGGAGUUUCUGGGGGGUUUUUAUUAGCAAACUGAGUUCUGUCAGAAUAUACGUGGAUUUUGGGUUUUUCCUUGAGCUGUAUUCUAUAAAAAAGGCCAAAAAAGGUUUUGAAUAGUUCACUGCAGGCACAAUUUACCUACAAUAUAUGAAGGUUUCAAAAUUUUUAAUGAUAUUAUGGAAGAAAAGAAGGCCAUAGUUUUGCUGCUAAUGUUUUGAACUAUUUGGGCACUUUCCUGACCACACAUCGUGAUCACAAGAACAGGACAGCACAAAGGACAGCCUUUUACCUUAAUUGGAACUGCAGUGAGGGACAAAUUCAUUGACAAAAAAACAACUACAACUGCCACCAGCGGCUAGGAAGCUCAGCUCAAUGGCAGCUAAAUGUCAAAGCAGUUGCCCAGCAAAAUGCAAAGUAAAAAACAAAAUGAUUCUAAAUUCGGGCUCAGAGAAUAUAUCCAAAUGUCUGAUGAGUUCCUGGAAACAGAAUAAAAAGGGAACUGCAAUUAUAUACUGCCAUGAAGAAUCUACUGAUGGAGCAACAGCAAGAAAAUGCAGCAUGAAUGUGGCAAGAUUUUAAAUGCUUGCAUGCACGGAUUGAAAGUCACCAAGAACACAUGAACAACUUCAUGAGGACCCUUCAAUUGGAUUUGAAAUGACUGCAAUUACAGCCUGAAAGUUUGCAAUCAAAGCAAAACUUCAAGAACAGUGGUUUUCAAACUGGGGGACUCACACCCUGGGGGUGGGAGGGUUCCGUUUUUUGUUUAUUCCUGCUGUAUUUGAAGAGUUUUAGCUAAAAUGAAAGGAAAGGUAUACAAAACUGUAGUGAGAUCAGCUAAGUUGUUUGGUCUAGAGACAGUGCCACUGAGGAAAAGACAGGAAGCAGAACUGGAGGUAGCAGAAAUGAGAAUGCUGAGGUUCUCAUUGGGAGUGACCAGGAUGGAUAGGAUCAGGAAGGAGUACAUCAGAGAGACAUUACAUGUUAGAUGCCUUGGAGAUAAAGUCAGAGAGGCCAGACUGAGAUGGUUCGGACAUCUCCAGAGGAGAGAUAGUGAAUAUAUUGGUAGAAGGAUGCUGCGUUUAAAGCUGCCAGGUAGGAGGCGUAGAGGAAGACCAAAUAGGAGGUUGAUGGAUGUAGUGAAUUGAAUUGUGUAUUGUAAACACAUGAAGCACUCCAAUAUAACUUGUACCAACCAUCGAAAUAAGUUAAAACCAACCACGAUGGUAUUGUCCCUUGAGAAGUUAUACUACUGUAAUUUAUAGUGGUUGCUGAGGUGUCAAGGGUGUACUGUACUUAUUUUUGUGAAAGUGUCCAGUGAGUAUAACUCACAAACUAAAUGAAAAAUUAUGUCACAUAUCGAGAAAUGUAUCAUCAUGAAAGAUGACCGUGGUUGUCGUUCCUUUAGCACGCCAUAGCAAUAGUGUGGCCAUAAUGCUUCCAAAAGGCUAACCGGAAAUCGUCUGUUAAUGACUUUGUAAUCGAUAUGUUCGCCAUUUCAGAGUUUGUGUGAAGACUGUUAAACAUGCUUGGAUUUUUGGUAGUAGCAAAUGGUUGUUGCGCUUGUGGAAAUGUGCUUUGUGACAACACUACACUACCAUAUUGAUGUCAAUAGCAUCUAUGGUGCCAUUCUGUGUUGACGACAUAGUCUAGAUAGUUUUUAAUCAUACGAUUGUCAUUGUAU